ACAAGUACCAACGGUGGCAUCAAUAACAAGGAAACAUCAUCAAGCACUACUUCAGCUACAUCGUCAAGCACAAAUACAAACACAAAUAUUAAUAGUAGUAGUAGUCAAAAGGGUACUGGAGCAGGAGGUGGAGGAGUAGGAUACGACAAUAUGAAUAUAUCGAUUCUACAGAAGGGCAAGUACCUCAUCGAAGAGGGUAGAGCCUAUGACGAGAAGUGUGACUACCAUAAGGCCUUCCUAUAUUAUACAGAUGGCCUUGAGAAACUGUUACCUCUUUGCAAGAGUAUAGCCUCAAGGGAGUUGAAGAACUACGUUGUAUUCUACAUGGAUCGCGCGGAAUAUCUGAAGAAACAGACAUCAUCGUCAUCAUCGUCAUCGACAGAUGGUGAGCAAAUAGAGACAUUCACAGAGUAUAUAAAUAGAUGUAAUAGUACAAUAGAGAAUAAUACAAACAAGCAGGAUGAGUCAACAACGUCAUCGUCCACCACACCAAUCCCUGCAACUGGAUCAACAGGAUUCUUCUCAUCAUGGUUUGGAGGUGGUGCUGCCAAGACCCAGGCUCAGACUCAGACUCAGACACAUACACAGCAGACUCGUCAACCAGAGUACAUUGAUGUUGAUAAGUGGAGCAUGCCUAGCAACAAAACGCCAACAACAACAACAACUACAACACGAUCGAAUCAAUCAAGCAGCGCUGGCGCGCAACAACAACCACCAGCCCUUCCCGACAUCAAGGGUGUGGACAAGGCCGCGCUGGCGAUCAUCAUGAAUGAGAUUAUGGACAAGAAACAGCCGGUCACAUGGGACGAUGUGGUGGGCCUAGACAAGGUCAAGCAGUCAUUGAUGGAAGCUGUUAUAUUGCCAAGCUUGCGACCGGAUGUGUUCACUGGAUUGCGCUCACCACCAAAAGGACUGCUUCUGUUUGGCCCACCAGGCAACGGAAAGACAAUGAUCGCAAAGGCAGUGGCAUAUGAGUCCAAGGCCACAUUCUUCUCCAUCUCUGCAUCGUCGCUCACAUCAAAGUACGUUGGCGAGGGUGAGAAACUGGUGCGAGCGCUGUUUGCCGUGGCCGGAUACUAUCAGCCAUCGAUCAUAUUCAUAGACGAGGUGGAUGCGUUGCUGACUGAGCGCACAGAGGGCGAGUCGGAUCACACGCGUCGCCUAAAGACCGAGAUACUCAUUCAGUUUGAUGGCGUCAAGACUAAUGGCUCCGAGCGCAUACUGGUUAUGGGCGCCACAAACAGACCUGAGGAGCUGGACGAGGCUGCCCUUCGUCGAUUCGUCAAGCGUAUCUAUGUUGGACUGCCCGAGAAGAGCACACGUCUGGACAUUCUGAAACAUCUACUGCGCGACCAGAAUCACAACAUCACGGCGAGCCAGAUGAACGCCAUUGCCGACGAGACCCAGUUCUACAGUGGCUUCGACUUGAAUGCUCUGUGCAAGGACGCUGCGUACGAGCCGAUCAGACAGCUGGGCAUGGACAUUAAGGACCUCAAGCUCUCACAGAUCAGGGCCAUCACGCGAAAGGACUUUUCCAACUCACUCAAGCAGAUCAGGCCAUCAGUUUCACAAGAUAGUUUAAGAGGCUAUGAACAAUGGAACAAGCAAUAUGGAACUGUAUAA